CACGAUUCCAUGGAAUUUCUGAACAUAUAUAAUAUUAAGCGGUAUAUUUUCCAAAACUGAAAGAGUUCAUAUCCGAAUACAGAUUUUCAUUAUGAAUAGAAACUGCUACAUUCCAGUUACCUGCACAGCUUCUGAGGCAGCGAGACAAACCAAUUACCUGCACAACUUCUGAGGCAGCGGAGAUAUAAGAGGAUGUGAAAUCAGAGAUGAGAUUGAGGAAAAAAAAAAAAGAAGGCCGUAAAGGGAGAGUGACAUCAACAGCAUAGCACGGGAACCAUUCCUUUCCCAAAACGGAAAAUUCAGCUCCGACUCGGAGAAUCGGCUAAGGGAUUUUCUGUGCACUACUCUCCUCGGACUUGAUUUCUGCUGUUGUUGCGGUUGGUUGAUCAAGCCGCUGUUGCCUGGUGGAGCUCCGAUAGUAUUCCGAUUACGAGUUCGAAUUCCGACCUAACCGGGAUAUUCCUUUCCCAAUUUGAUGAUCCGACAGGCCUGACCCGUUGGUCCGAGAAGCUAGUAGGUUCCCAGGGUGACGUGGCAUUUUGAUGAGUUGGCGGGUUCUCAACAACCUGGUGCUUUUCCACGUCGGAAGUGACCUGGCCCCUACCUCGUUUGUAUAAAAUUUCUUGAUGUGUGUUACCGAAAAUUAAGUUCUUGUUUUUGAAACAGAGUUCUUCUGGCAAUGGCUAGUUCUGGCUCCUCCUGUGCUGACUGGAAAAAGAUGGAAGACGAGUUCACAGCUUAUGGGAUGAGCCUCAUGAAUCCUCCCUCUUCCAUUGAUGAGCUCUUCAAACUUCUUCAGAAAGUUGAGUCUUUACUGAAAAUGGUAAGUCAGGACCCAUUUGAUUCGACCACAAGUGCAAUUCAACCUUUAAUGAAAGCACUGGUUAGGAAUGAGCUAUUGGGGCAUACGAGUGAAGAUGUCAAAGUUUCAAUGAUUUCUUGUAUCACUGAAAUUUCUCGAAUAUAUGCCCCAAAUUACCCUUACAAUGAUCAUAGACAAAUGGAGGAAAUUCUCCGGCAAACUGUAAUGGCGUUAAAAAAGUUAGCUGAUGUUACUAGCCGCAGCUACCGGAAGGUGGUCCGAGUUCUGGAAAUAUUCGCAAAAGUAAGGUUAAGUGCAGUGGUAUUGGACCUUGAAAACGAAAAGCUAAUCAUCGAGAUAUUCAAAGUCUUUCUCGAGGUCAUCAGGCCCUACCAUCCUCAUAAUAUAUUCACUUGGAUGAAAGAAAUCAUGACUAGGCUCAUAAAAGGCAGUGAUGAAAUCUCAGUAGAGCUUCUGCGGCUUCUUCUUGAUUGUCUCAAAAUUGAUAAUCAGAUGGAUUCACCCGUUGCAUCACACUUGGUGGAGGAAGUCCUAAAAGACUGUGCUGCCAUUGUUAAACCUUACUUUGCAGAAGCCCUAAAGUCAAUGAGCUUAAAUUCUGGUGAUUAUGCUGAAACGGUUGCCUUAUUAUGCAAUGAAAUGCCAAAAGGAAAAGAAAUGAUGGCAACUGAAAAUGCACCUGAUACUGUACAUCGCAUAAAAGUUGGUCCAUCUGAGGCUAAAUGUUGUGAGCCAGCGCGGCAGGAUGACACUCACAGGGAGAAGCUAAAGGAUACUUGUUUAACUAACAUCAUGAAACCUGUCGAUCCAGAAGAUGUGCACCCAGCAAAAAAUGUGCCAAAAGAAAACCAGGAAGGGACUGGAAGUCAUAAUCUUACAGGUCAUCCUGUAAAAGUUGGUCCAUCUGAGGCUAAAUUGUGUGAACCAGUGCUGCAGGAUGAUACUCACAGGGAGAAGCUAAAGGAUACUUGUACAACAAACAUCAUGAAACCUGACAAUCCAGAAGAUGUGCAACCAGCAACAAAUGUGCCAAAAGAAAACCAGGAAGGGACUGGAAGUCAUGAACUUACAGGUAGUCAUGGUCAUUUGUGUCAGCCCAAGAGAAAAGAGAUCCCGAUAAAUGACGAUGAUGAGCUGGUUGUGUUAAUUCCAAUAGGAGAUGUGCCGCAAUCCCAAGUUCAGAAAAAAGAUUCUCUUCAUUUAGGUCUCACUUUGGGAGAGAGAACCAAGCGCACACUAUGUGCCAAAAGAAAACAAGGAAGCGACUCAAGGAAGAAUGAGUCUGCUUCAGAUUGUGACGCAGAGAGAACAUCUGAAUCUAGCAUAAAAAAUGAAGAAGGAAACCUUGAAGAACACAAGGAGCCAACACUGCAACAAAUUUUUGGAAUGAAACUGAGGAAGAAGAAGAAGAAAACAACUAAUAUUGAAGAAUCUGGAGAUAAGGCUACUAAAUUAUCAGUCAAAGAUGAAAAUCACAUAAACAAAUAUGCUAAUUAUAAAUCCGGGAGGAAGUUGGCUACAAGGAAACAUGAGGAUUCUGAAAGCGCUCGUACCAGCAAAGAUUAUGGUGCAGAACUGAUCGGCGCUAAAAUAAAAGUUUGGUGGCCAUUGGAGCAAGCGUUUUACGAGGGAGUCAUUUCUUCUUUUGAUUCUGAGACAAACAAACACAAGGUCGUAUAUGAUGAUGGUGAAGUAGAGAAAUUGAGACUACAUAAAGAACGAUGGGAAAUGCUUGAAGACAAUUCAUCUCAAAAGGAUUCCAAAAGGCCUUGUUCCAUCAAAGAUUAUGGUAAGGAACUGGUUGGCGAUAGAAUAAAAGUUUGGUGGCCAUUGGAUGAAAAGUUUUACGAGGGAGUAGUUUCUUCUUUUGAUCCUGUGGAAAGGAAACACAAGGUCGUAUAUGAUGAUGGUGAAGCAGAGAAAUUGAGACUACAUAAAGAACGAUGGGAGAUGCUUGAAGAUAAUUCAACUCAAAAGGACCAUGGAUUAGACUUUCAAGGCCAUGCUGUUUCAUCUGCUACGUCUUAAAUGAAGAAAGUAAAAAGAAACUCCUCGACAGGGCCAAACAUCUCUUCAUCCAAAAGGUCAUAAAGUACCGCAGAGUAGAAGGGCACUGAAUCAGUGGAAAUUUCUGUUGUGGAUAGGGAAGAAACUCGAACUCCUGGAAGUCUUGAAGAAUUUUCAUAAAGCAGUGUGAUGUAAGUGUAAGUACUAAAUUAGGUUUACCAUUAAGGGAUGUGAUCCAAUUGAUUGGAGAAAUGAGAUGCUAGUCUUAGAAUAUAUGAGCAGCAAAAAAAAAAACUGAGCUUGUAGAUUUAUUGUAUGUAGCUACAGGCAGCUCUUGGUGUUUACUAAUACUCGGCAGCUUACAUGUAUAUGAUUAAAUUACUGAUGUUGGAGAAUUCAGAACCAAUAAAAUUCAAAUUAGGAAUCCGCGA